CGAUAUCUUUGCGUGCCCAAACCCGCCGUAGGCACGCGCGGGAUUCCCUGGCGAGGAAUGCGACGAGGGUGGGGCACCCUUCCCCCUUCCACAAACACUUACCGCGGUGCGUCGUUGCCGGGCCCGAGCUGCCGGGAGGCCAGCGGGCCCUUCCUAGGCGGAGGGUGCGUUGAGGGGGACCCCUUUUUGCAGAGAAACCAGCUAGAAUGCCCCCACCCCUUGUGUCGCUACUUCUGCGACCCCCAAACCGCCGGAGGCAUGCGCGCGCACCCUCGGCGAGCGGUUCGGGUGGAAGGGGUGCCCUGCCCCCUUACGGGGAGGGGUACGCUUCUGUUGGAUGCACGUUGAUUUCUUUCGCCUCAACCUCACGGGUGCGCCGGCGAGCGAUUCGGGGGGAGGGGUGCCCUCCCCGUUACGGCGCUCCCCCCUCUUUGCCCGAAGUCGGGAGGGGUUUGACUUGCGCAUGGAGUAGUAGCCUGACGACCCCCUGGCCAGAAUGUUUUCGCCUUGACCUCGCGGGUGGGAGAGAAGAAGGUGGAGGACCUCCCCCGCCUUUGCGCCGUCGACGAAAUGGGGGGAUUGCCUACGACGGCAGCCGGAUGAUGGGUGGAUUCGAGAAAAGGGUCCCCUUUCUACCCUACCCCCACCCGCCCCCUCGCGUGAAGGCCAUUUCCCUCGCCGCGGCCGAAGAGAGUCUCGAGCCCGAGAUGGAGGAGGACUCGACGUGCAAAUGAGACGAGUCGAGGAAUAGGACGAGUGAUGGGGACGCGAGAGGGACGUGGAUGAGCAUGGAGGGAGUCGAUGGGGAGGGCGAGUUGAUCUGAGGAGGGAGGGGGGAAGGUGGAGGGCAAGUUGAUAUGCGGCGGAAGGGAGCGAAG